AUGGGCUGUAAACUGCCUAAACUGCGACACUCUGCUGAGGCUCCAGGGAAAAUCUACUCUACCCUUCACAGGACACAGGUGGAAACCGAGGUGGAUGUGGCCUACACCUACCACUUCCUAGACUUCCUUUUAGGGAAAGAAGAAGUGCCAGUGUCAUCUGUGUUGUAUUUGUCCUCGGUGAGAGAGUUACCAGUUCAGGUAUGUGAGCUGUAUGAACAGGGCUUCAUCUUGGCUGCCGUUCACCCAUUCGUCCACUGCGCUGGUCCGGCCAGCACAAGCCUUCAGCGCCAGCUACACCGCGCUGUGCUAAUCAGAGAGAUACGCAGCAGUGCAGAGAAUGGGGUGCUGAACCGGACUAGUCCUCGUCUCCAAACAGAUGUGUGUUUCUCAGGCAACCAGCUGCCUGACCCUGACGUAAUACAGGGAUACAUUAAAAAGGUGCAGGACUUGGCUGACCAGGGUGUGCUGUUUUUGGGGUUUCUGAAGCAGCCUGGAAGUGGUCCCUUUUUUGGAGGACGUUGGGACUCUGAGGAACUUUCCUCACUGCACUCCAGCCCCUCCUCAUUACACCAGCAAUCAACAAACCUGCUCCUUAGUCCAGCAUGUGAACAGAACCAGGGCCGACAGAAAGACCCACACCACAAGAACCUUCCAAACACGGACAAGCCGCAAACUACGGAGCUCAAAACCCAGGAAAUUCCAAAAGAGGAUCAUCAAGUCCAGGACCAACUGAACAACCAGAACUCUGAAAAACAGUCCCCAGAAAGCACUCAGAGUUCAGAUCAUCAAGACCUUGUUCAUUCCAAGAACACAGAGUACAGCCUCACGCCUGCCAGGGUCAGACCUGAGCUUCUGCUAUCGGAGUCCGAUCAUGUCCAGGACUCCAUUAUGUCCAUCGCUAACCCAAAGACCCAGGAGCCCAAUCACACGUCCCGGGUCCAUUCUCCAGACAAACCUGAACACUGGGCCAGGACCAUUCACCCUGUGCAUCAUGUACAGCUCUUCGCCCUGUACAACCAAACAAUGGGUCCGUCUGGUCCAUACAGGUUCUACUCCCUCAGGAUUCCACUGCAGGUGGAAAGAGAGGCUGGGCUUGUAACCACAGUGGAUGCCCAUUGGCUGGAUCAUUUGACAAAGCAUUUUCGUAAUGGCGCUCAACUUAUCGAUGGGUAUUUUAAUAUGGGAGAUGACACUGAGGCCUCCAUCACAGAAGGGGUCUUCAUUUUCCAGAAAGAUUCAAAGGAUGAUAUACCACCCACUGUCUAUGAUGCUAUUGUUGUGGAGCAGUGGACCACCAUUGAUGGGGUUUCAGUGAAGACAGAUUACAUUCCUCUGCUGCAGUCGCUGGCUCCAUACGGCUGGAGGCUGAUGUGUGUUCUCCCUACUCCUGUUAUCAAAUCCAACAGUGAUGGAAGUUUGACAACAAAACAGAUCCUUUUUCUUCAAAGACCUGUUCUGCCACGCAAGAGGAGAGACCUGACAAAGCUUCAUCUCAGGAUGCGAAACAAGAGAAACAUAUACAGUGGAGAACAGGCAGAGAGUGAAACAGUAAGAAACACAACUCCACCAGCAACCAUUGAGAGAGAGAUGAGGAAAAUAGAGAGUGGGGUAGGAACUGCUGAGUUCCUGCUGAGUGGGGUAGGAACUGCUGAGUUCCUGCUGAGUGGGGUAGGAACUGCUGAGGACUCAAUCACUCAGAUCAGUCAGGGCUAUGAAGACACAGAGCGAUGUGGAGAACAGCAGGAGGAACUGAGGUUGAUUUUUUCAGAACAGCCUCUCUUCUCAGGCGUGUGCUGA